GCACCGUCUGCCAUGGAUGGUUGUUCUUGCGCGGGUGACUUUGUUGAGCUGGCCGAUGACGCGUCGGAGAACUUGGGCGAGGUCCCCGCCGAAGUGGAGGACGCGUGCGAGCACUGGAUCAACACGGCCCCAUUGGACAAGAUCACGAGAGGCGCCAAGAAGGGGCGCGCUAUACGGCAAGGGGGUGACCUCGCAGUGAAGCGCACGAACCUCAGUGGCCACGAGGCCACCACCGUGUCGAACCUCGCCCUGCACGUCAGGCGCGCGAACCGAGCAAAGCUAUUGGCGCCUGGGAAGAAAGGGAUCGAGCAGCCGAGCGAUACGGACCUCCAGGACAUAGUGGGCGAGUUGGUCGGUAUGGGCUUGGGGCUGCCCAUUCACGUGAAGACGCAGUUGUUGUUCCGCUUUGUUAAAAAGCUGAAAGAGGACACGUGCAAGCCGACCGCAGAGGACUGGUGCGCCAAGACGUUGGCGACCGUGGUGCCGUGGAGGCGCGGCGGCGCACUGGCGUUCGACCUGUCGAACCCGAAGGUGAGCGACCUUGGCGCAAGCGAUGCAGGCCCCAUCCGAUCUUUCAGGAGGACGCUCGUCAACGACAUCCUCGCGCCUAUGAUCAUGCAGGGCAAGUCGCACGCCCCUCUGGUGGAGGAUGUUGCCAGGUAUUGCGCCAUGGCUUUGGAACAAAACGCGGACUACGACAUGUCAGAGGAGUUACAGAAUGAGUAUUUUGGCGUGCUCACUUGCACGAGGGGGCUCUCGGUGAUCUCGAACUCCAAGGUGCUCUUCGGCGACGUGUCCGCCAUCGUCGACGCCAGUGCCCUCGAGAAUGCAUCUGCGAAUACAGCCUCGAGGGAAGCGUCGGCUCGGGCUGGCGUUGCACUGGUUGGGGGCCAGUGGUGGAAUGAGCGCCUGACAACCUUCCUCCAUUACGAGAAGACUAUGAUGCAGUCUCAAGGUCUGGUCGAGAGUUGUUUGCAGCUGGCCAAAUCAACUGAGAGGGUGUCUACGCAGAUGGCCACAACAAUCACUACCAACUUUCGGCAAAUGGAUUUUCUUAAGACUGGCCUUAUUCCUGAGAAGUUCACGUUCGUCGGUGAGAAGCUCCAGGCCUUCGUGCAGAAACUUGCUGACCAAGAGCUUGAUGCAGUGAAGGCUUCCAACCCAACCGAUGCGGGGUCGCUCCAAGAGUCUGUGAGCGGCAUGGCGUGGACGUCCAAGAUCUUGCCGGAGGCGAUCAUCGCGUGGCCAAUCGAGAACGGAUUCCAACAUCGAAUGUCGGUGGUAUCAGCGAAGUUGGCGUCGGUGACUGGCAUGCAGCGUUUGGCUUCUUUCGAAAGCAGAGCCUUGGCGGCGGCCAGCCUCGACACUAGCCAGAUUUCGGAUCUCUCCAACAAGGUGAUGAUCGAGCCCAAGGAGGGGGGUGGCGUCGUGGCUGCGAUCAACACGUUGCCGCCAGACAACGGAGCCAUCGACCGCAUCAAGGACCUUCACGCGCUGAACAAGAUCGUCGGGGCCAGGUGCAGCAUGAAGUUCUUGACGAAGCAGUGCACUGACCUCGGCGCAGAAGCGCCCGACAGGUUCGCUGCUGCGAAACCAGAUUGCAUGUGCGUCGCCAAGCUGCAGGGCGCGAUCCAAACCUACAGCGGCCUCGUGGAGAGGAUCGGCGGCGAGAGGGUGCCAAGGGGGCGCAGCGACGACAACGCUGCGGCGGCAGGUUGCGCGGAGGCGCUGAAGGAGCUCAAGUCGGCAGGUGCAGAGGCAGAGCAUGCAGGGUUCCAGCUUGAGCUCACUACUGCCAAUGCCAUCGAGGGUGGCUUGCGCGGCGGCGGGAAGUGGAGCGACGGGCGCGCAGCAGAUGCGUUCGAGGAGUUCAUGAAGCAGGCGGUGUCCGCGUGGUCGUCCGCGGACAAGGUCGGCGCCGAGGAGCUCCACCAGGGCCUCGUUGAUUUCGAGAAG